GAGUGCAUAUUUUUUUCCAUUUACAUUUACAGAAUUUGGAUCUAGAAAAUUUGUAAAAUAAGACUAAAAUCAUCAAUAUUUUAAGUAUAAACGUUAUAGUAAUGAUAUUCAUUUAAAUUAAAAACACGUACCAUAAUCACUUUUAUUUAUCCAUUUUAUUCUUGUUAACAAAAAAUACGGUAUCUUGUGAAAAAUGGCCGAAACGCCAAAUCAACCCGUUGAAAAUUUAAAUACGAAAAAUGGAAAUUUUAUUUGUGGUGUUGUAGAAGGCUUUUAUGGUCGUCCUUGGACUACCGAACAACGAAAAGAUCUUUUUCAAAAGUUAAAAAAAUGGGGUAUGGAUUCAUAUGUCUAUGCUCCAAAAGAUGAUUACAAACAUCGUGCAUAUUGGCGAGAACUAUACACCGUUGAAGAAGCUGAACAUUUAACUGGCUUAAUAAAUGCUGCCAAAGAACAAGGCGUUGUAUUUUAUUAUGCCCUUUCACCCGGCUUAGAUAUUACGUAUAGCAGUAUCAAAGAAGUGGGAGCACUCAAACGUAAAUUAGAACAAGUUUCCCAAUUUGGAUGUACUGCAUUUGCCUUAUUAUUCGAUGAUAUUGAACCAGAAAUGUCCGAAGCAGAUAAAGAAGUCUUUCAAUCGUUUGCACAUGCUCAAGUAUCCAUCACAAACGAGGUAUUCCAACAUUUAGGACAACCACGUUUCUUAUUAUGUCCAACACAAUAUUGUUCGACACGAGCAAUGCCAAACGUAACAAAUUCGGAAUAUUUAAAUACGUUAGGAUCGAAAUUAGCACAAGAAAUUGAUAUAAUGUGGACGGGACCACGAGUCAUAUCGCGACUAUUAACUUUAGAAUCAAUACAAGAAAUUACAGACGUAUUACGACGUCCUCCAGUCAUAUGGGAUAAUUUACAUGCAAAUGAUUAUGAUCAAAAACGGGUAUUUUUGGGUCCAUAUAGUGGUCGAUCACCGGAUUUAAUUCCUAAGUUACGUGGUGUACUUACAAAUCCAAAUUGUGAAUAUGGUGCUAAUUUUGUGGCUAUACAUACAUUGGCUCAAUGGUCACGAUGCAAUGUUGAUGGAAAGCGGGAUUUGUCGCUAAACGAUACAGUUUCUGCUGAUAUUAAACUAGAAACAGAAACCGAAGAUGGUGGUGAAGCCAUCCCAACAACUCUAUCACCAAAUACGUAUCAUCCACGUCGUGCACUUCGUAAUGCAAUUACAGAAUGGUUAACAGAAUUUUCACGUGUAAAAUCAGCAUGGGGUCCAAUCGCAAAACCACAGCCUGUUGUUGCAGCCGCUGUUCCAGUACCAAUUAUACCGUCCAUAAACACGUGUAUGAGUUUAACAACUGCGACCACGACAACGUGCACAUCAUCGGCUGGUGGAAACACUACAUCAAUUACUUCUUUGCCAGUUGUUAAUACUACACAAUUACAUGCGUUAGCUGAAGUUUGUAGUAAUGUAAGUUACUCGCUGUUCAAUGUAACAGGAAACGAUAGUUUCAUAAAUCCAAUACCAGGUCCUGUAAUGAAUUCCCUAGUCUCAGAAACAAAAGUUGUUUGUAACGAUUCCAUUCCAAAUCCAAUAACACCCACUGUAAUACCAUUACCAUUAAGUGCAAUAACAAACACGCCAGAUCCCACUGCCAAAUUACCAAUAAUUAGUGGUACACAUAUCAAAUUGGAGAAUCAUAAGUCUGACGCCACCAAUGACGCAACUAAAAAUGGUUUAAUUGAAACACAACAAAGUACGGAUGCGGCAACAAAUGAAACAAGUGCAUGUAAUGGUAAAAAUAAUGGACAACAUGAUAGUGCGGAUGAAUUAAGUCCAUCGUCUAGUUUAAGUCCUACAGAACCAAUGGAUUGUAACAGUUCAACGCCCAUGAGUUCACCAGCACAUGUAACGAAAGUUUUGUCGUCAACUGAGGAUGUUGCUAUGAGUGAAAAUGUUUCUUCUUGUAGUGGAAGUAUGCAAGUGGAAACAUCUGAAAAUACAACACCUCCGUCGAAUACAAAUUUAUCAAAUACAAUGAUUGUAGAGGCGUCUGGCGAUAAGACAAGUGGAAAAGAACUGACUGAAGAAGAUUUAAGUUUGUUAUGUGAUUUAUUUUAUUUACCAUUUGAACAUGGAGGUCAAGCUUUACAACUAUUACAAGAAUUUAAUUGGUUAAAAUCAAAUGCACAUGUUGUUAUACAAGCGAAUCAGUCUAAUGAUCCAAACGCUCAAAAUAAACCGGAGGUCCAAGAGUGGUUUGCGCGUUCAAAUAAAAUGAACGAAAUGUGUUUGGCAGUGAAUCGCUUAUUUGAACAUUUAACAUAUUGUAAUAAUCGUGAAUUAUUAUACGAUUUAUAUGCAUAUGUAUGGGACAUGCGUGGUGUCGUCUCAUUAUUGAAUUCAUAUGUUAAAUGGCUUGCUUUGGGAAAAUUUCCAUCAACAAUGCCGUCAUUCACUCAAGGAACUUAUACAUGGUUUUCCAAAGGUUGGAAGGAAACAUUUAUGAGUGGUGAACAAGAACCAUGGGUAUUUCGUGGUGGUCUUACUUCCGAUUUACAGAGAUUGAUACCUGUUGAUUCGGGCAACGAUUUAUUUAUUUAUAAAGCACCGGAAGUUCCAUCGAGUAAAAUUUAUACGAUACGACCGUAUACACAUGCAGAUGAAGCUGGUGUUUAUGCAGUGUGUCAUAAAACAUGUAAAGAUGGUUUACAAAUUACUGAAAAUUUACCAGAAAUUUAUCAGGAUUUGGCAGCUGACAGAAUACUAGGGCCAUAUCUUGUCUUAAAUCCAGAAUUAUGUAUGGUAGUUGAAGAUGAAAGUGGUAUUGUGGGCUAUGGAUGUGCAGCUUUAGAUUCAAGAAAAUUCCGUACAAAACAAUCUCUUUCAUGGAUACCAGAGAUGUGUUUAAAAUAUCCGAAACCCGAUGAUAUUAGUGAAUUAUCAAAAUUUGUUCAAGAAUCCUUAUUAUAUUUCCACAAUUUCCGAGAAGAUUUGGACAUUCUAACGCCACAACAUCCAUCCGAAAUGAUUUGCAGUUUAUUACCAAGUGUACUUGAUCAAUCAAUAUCGAAACGAUUGGUUACGUGCUUAUUAGCAGCGUUACGAGCUAAUGGAUUUUACAGCGCUGAGAAGAUAUCAAAUUGGCAGUUCAACUGGUCGUUUGGAGUACACGUGUCAAUUCCGCAAACAGAUACAUAUACACAUUCACUAUAUAGUAAAUUAGGUUUUGUGGAAAUUAUUCAAGAUAAUUCAUUGGGUCGAACAUAUAUGGGACGAAUUUUUUAAAAUCAAAUUAUUCAAAUGUAAAUAGAAAAAAAUAAUCA